UGCUUUGUGAAACUUAAUGUUUUGUGCUGCUGCUUUUGUAUUCUUAUCAUAGUUUUGAAAACUGAACCAUAUUAGUCAGAUCAACCAGAUUAACCGAAAAUCGAUCACUAGAUCAGUUCGGUUAGUCUCAUAAACCACCUGAUAAAAAACCGAUCAAAGAACCAGUGGUUAAUCGGUGAACCGCCAAAACUGGCUAGUUUUUUAAAGGAAUUUCGGUUCGGUGAACCCUCUUCAAACGACGUUGUUUUACAUUCCUAAAAAAAAAUUAAAAAAAAGAAAACCCUAAAUUCCCAACGUACCCAAGUCCUACUCCUCUCCUCUCUGAAAAUGAAGUGAAAUUUUGAAAUUGAAAGAACAAAGAAUCCUAGCCCUCUAGCCCCCCAGACAUUGCAGCCCCCACAGCCCCGCAGCCUCGCUUCGUUGUCGUUGUCGAACUCUUCUUUGCUGGGUAUAGACAUCGCGUGUGGAAGCUCCAUCGCCAUCGCAGGAGCUGUGUCGCCAUCGUAAAAAGCUUUGUCACCGUCCUUAGAAGUUGUGUUGCUGUUGUAAGAAGCUCUCUUGCUGUCAUGUGGAAGUUUUGUGGCCAUCGUCGUCUCCUCUGUUCGAGCUUUCUCUCUCUUUGUUCACCGGUGCCACCGUUCCCUCUGUCGUCGCCAUACUCCCCUUGAAGAGUGUUUUCAAUCCAUAUAUACGACAGCACAAAAAGCCUUACCUAGCCACCGCACCCAUUCACUUGCCAACAUCCACAAAGGUGCAGUUUCCGGAAAGGGCAAGAAAUAUGGGGCUGGUGGUGGAAGAAAACCACUUGGUGAUCUAUCCAAUGCAGGAAAGCCCAUUAAUCAGGCUGGUGGAAAGAAAGCUCUUCAUGUCUCUGUUGAUUCAAGAACGGAACCUGAAGGGUGCAGUUUCCGGGAAGGCGAAGAAAUGUGGAAAGAAAGCCCUUGAUGUCUCUAUCAAUGGACAUUCUGAGAAAUCUGUCACCGCUAGAAGGAAGGCCCUUUCUGACAUUUCAAACUCCGUGGUUGAGCCGCCUCCUCUUGACUUUGAUGUCUUUGAGGAACUAGGAAUGCUUCACGAUCAUUCUAAGUGUCUGUCAAAUUUUUCCCCUUUGAGUGAAGCUGAACUGCUUAGUGACGAGUCUGAAAGCCCUCAUAUAGAACUAGAAGAGGAGGAGGAGUAUUACGGCCUACAGUCGGAGACUGAGCCGGAGAUUUAUAUUAGGCGCUAUCGGCCUCUUACUCCAAUGAGUUCUCCAGAAUGCCGCAAAUUGUUGGAUGAAUUGGAAGCACUGUAUUCUGAGCGUCCUGAUGCACGACAGUGACAGGAGCAGGAUUAUGUUGCUAAUGACAAUUUAUAGUGGUUUUACAGACUAUGGUUAUCAAUAAACUACCGUUUUCAUUCAGUGCU